AUGCGGUCUCUGCCAAAUAUCAUCAUCACCGGCACGCCCGGCGUCGGCAAGACCACGACCAUCACCGAACUACUCAACCUAGCACAAUCCGCCGAACCGCCCAUACCACUCAAGCACCUCUCCAUCAACGACAUCGUCAAGUCACGAGACUUCGAGAAAGAAAUCUCGGACGGCGAGGGCGAAGGCGGGUUCAUCAUUGACUGGCACUCUACCGCGGGCUUUGCUGUGCGAUGGGUUGAUCUGGUGCUGGUCGUCCGGUGCGCGGCGACUGAUGUGUUGUACGACCGCUUGAGCAAGCGAGGAUACAAGGAAGAGAAGAUACAGGAGAAUAUGGAUGCGGAGAUCUUUGGGGUCGUGUUGGAGGAGGCGAAGGAGGGGUGGGAGGAGGAACAGGUCAUUGAGUUGAGCAGUGUUAAUGCUGAGGACGUUGAGACUAACGCUGAGCGGAUAUUGUCCUGGAUCAAGACGUGGGUCUUGAAUCAGCAACAUGAGUCUAAGGAGUCUGGCUGA